GAGAGGAGCCACAGCUGCUGCGCGCGGGUCCCGAGCUGACGUUUUUAACGCUUUUAACAACAAGAGGAUUUUAUAAAAGUUCCUUCGUCUCAGCUGAAGAAUUCUUGCAGCUUCUGUAGAAAAUCCAUCUCACUGAUUCAGGCGGAGGUUUUAUCGCGGAUGCAUCGCGCGCCUCGGAGCUGGAGGAGGCUGUGCGCGCCUGAGUGUGUGUGUGUGUGUGGGAUUGAUUUAGUGAGUGUGUGAGUGUGUGAGUGUGUGUGCAGAGAGAGAGUGAGAGGUGGCGGAGGAUCAGCCGGAGUGGCCGUCCAGUCAGAAGGAUGCUGGAGGGCAAUGCCCGCAGAACGAGAGGAUGAGAUCUGUCGAAAGGCGCUGGAGCUGCUCUCAGACCUGUGCUCCAAGGGCGAGGUGCAGGACGACCACUGCCUGGACUUCACCUACUACUUCAGGGACCUGGCCAGACCCAGAUACACGGACUCAGAUGUGUCGGUGAGUCUGUUGUCUCUGCUCGUCACCACCUGUGGUCUGGCGCUCUUCAGCGUCUCCCUCUUUGUGUCAUGGAAGCUGUUCUGGGGACCGCUAAGUGGUCGUUUCCUCCCAGAUAUCCUCAAGGGGGCGCACUUCCUGGGAGGAGACCAGCAGCCCGUGCUCACGGAGGUGGACGGGGAGGAGAGGGAGUACAGCGAGGAAUGCUGUAUGAAGGAGUCUUCGGGGAUUCACUCGGCGGUGGUUGUCCCGGGGUCGGGCCUGAAGAUCAGCCACACAUCACCCGACAUCCCGCUGGAGACCCAGACCAAGGUGGAGAGAAACCAGGUCCACACUCUGGCGAGGGACAGGGUCCAGAGACAGAUAACUGAGCCUACCUCGUCUGUACGGCACAACUCCAUCCGUCGGCAGAUGAACUUGUCCAAUCCGGACUUCAACCCUGCUCAGUUCCAGCGCCAGGAGUCUCUGUCUGGUUUGGGCCGAAUCAAACCAGAACUCUACAAGCAGCGUUCGGUGGAUGCUGAAGACGGGCGUCGCCCCGGCGCCUGCGGGCUGAUCCAUUUCAUCCUGAAGUUUGACUUCGACCUGGAGCAGCUGAUCGUGAAGAUCCACAGGGCACAGGACCUUCCUGCCAAGGACUUCUCAGGGACCUCCGAUCCUUACGUCAAGAUCUACCUGCUGCCUGACCGCAAAACCAAGCACCAGACCAAGGUGCACCGCAAGACUCUCAACCCAGUGUUCGACGAGGUGUUUCUCUUUCCCGUGGCCUACACGGAGCUGCCGAGCCGGAAGCUGCAUUUCAGCGUUUACGACUUUGACAGGUUCUCACGCCACGAUUUGAUUGGCCAAGUGGUGGUGGACAACUUCCUGGAGCUUGCCGACUUUCCCCGGGAGACUAAACUGUGCCGAGACAUACAAUACGUAACCUCGACACACAGAAUGAAGAGCCACCAUCACAGACCGGAGACCAGCAGCAGCCUCGUCUUACCGUCAGCGGCCAAGCAGCUCUGCAUCAUCAGCAUCAGCACCGCGCCGACCAGCACAAAGCACCGGGCCGUCAUCCCCCCCAGCGCCCGGCUCCUGUGCGCGGUCCUCGGCGUGCGGACGACCAGCAUCCCCGCGUCCAGGAUCCAUGAGGAGGAGGAGGAACAGGAGGAGGAAGAGGAGCGGGGGUCUCCUUCCCCAGUUAGCCCUGCGACCCCGGGGCAGAGGAGCGCAUGUUGA